GUGCACCAGAAAGGAGAAAUGCGAGCGCUCAUCAGAGCCCCGUCGCUUUGCAUCAGACAUCAAGCAGUGUGUGCGUCUCAGUGUCCACCCAAACAACAUCUCAGUGUCCCAGUUUAGUGUCACGCUGGUGUUGGAGGCCCAUAAUGUCCCAGAACUCUCUGCGGGUGUCAACUGCACCUUUGAGGACCUGGCUGAGAUGAAUGGCUUGGUGGACGGAAACCGGAUCAAAUGCUUCUCCCCGGCUGAGAAAGAGAUGCCACGCAUUAUUGUUGACAAAG